UACAAUCAUUAUUUAAUCCUUUGAGAUUUGAGCCCACUUUUCAAUGGAAAAUAUGGCAGGUUCCAACAAUGCUACUAAAAAAGCCGAGCUUGAUGAAUACAAUAUGUUAUGGAAGGAUUCUAGCCAUGAUUUUACUCACACUGGUUAUAAUAAGUUAGCAAGUCCAAAUAACAACAACAAUGGCCAGUUCACCCCGAAAGAAGUAAGGGUUUCGUUUAACGACAUGGAGCCACAAGCCAUGAGGUGGCGGUCCAAUGCUAGCAGUCGUAGUGGAGGCAUUGGUCGUAGUGGAGAGGUGGUGCUUUGUUCUUCAAAUGGUGCAUUUAAACGAAACUCGACCUUGAUGAGGAUGAAAACAAAAUCAAGGUUAAUGGAUCAGCCAGAGAUUGAUCAGAGGUCGUCAACCCAAAAAACACCGAAGUCAGGAAAUCAUGGGAAAGGUCACGGUGAAUUUGAAGAAGACGAAUUCUCUAUAAAUGAUGAUAUGCCAGAUGAGUACAACAAGUUGAGGUAUAGUAAAUGGACUUUACUUCAGUUGAUCAGUUUGAUAAUUAUAAUUACUGCUUUGAUUUGCACACUCACAAUUCCUAAAUUUGAGUAUAAAAAGUUGUAUGAUCUCCAUUUAUGGAAAUGGGAGGUUAUGAUAUUAAUUGUGAUUUCUGGGAGAUUAGUUUCUGGAUGGGGGAUUACUAUCUUAGUGUUCUUCAUAGAACGAAGCUUUUUACUACGGAAAAGGGUUUUGUACUUUGUUUACGGGUUAAAAAAAGCAGUUCAAAAUUGCAUUUGGUUGACACUGGUUUUGAUAGCAUGGGAAUGUAUAUUUGAUAUAAAAGUUAAAAGGAUGGCAUUUGGAAAUAAGGUUUUGCCUUAUGUGACCAAAGUUUGGAUUUGCCUUUUGGUGGGAACUAUUGUUUGGUUAUUCAAAACUUUAGUUAUCAAAGUUCUUGCUUCUAAUUUCCACGUAAGCAAGUUUUUUGAUCGGAUUCAAGAUUCUUUGUUUAAUCAAUAUGUGAUUGAGACACUCUCUGGCCCACCCACGAUUGAGAUACAACAAGAACAAGAAGAGGAAGAUCAGAUGAUGGAAGAAGUGGAGAAGUUUCAGAAUGCAGGUGCGACCAUACCAUUGCAACUCAAGGCAAGUAUGUUUACGGGUAUGAAAAAUAUUGGAACCCCGAGAUCUAGUAAUGCAAUGGUGGGUAAAAAUGGGCCCAAUAGUCCUAAAAAGCGUGAUGAGGGGAUCACGAUUGAUCACUUGCAUAGGUUAACGCAGAAGAACAUAUCGGCUUGGAAUAUGAACAGGAUGAUGUAUGCUAUAAACACAACCAUGUUAACUACUUUAGAUGAGCAAUUGGAAGAUGUAAUGAGUGAUGAAGAUAAUACUUCUAUGCAAAUAACUAGUGAGAACCAGGCUAAGGUUGCAGCCAAGAAAAUCUUUUUCAACGUGGCAAGGCCGGCCUCUAAACACAUUUACCUUGAGGAUUUGAGACGGUUUUUGCAAGAUGAUGAAGCUUUAAAGACAAUUCGACUCUUUGAUGAAGCAAGUGAGACUAAAGGAAUCAGCAAAAGUGCACUUAAAAAUUGGGUGGUUAAUGUAUUCCGAGAGCGCAGAGCUCUUUCACUGUCACUUAACGACACAAAAACAGCCGUGCACAAGCUACAUCAAAUGUUGAAUGUCGUGGUGGGAAUCAUAAUAAUCAUAAUCUGGCUUAUCAUUCUGAAAGUUGCAACGACGCAUUUCUUUGUAUUCCUAAGCUCACAGCUAGUUUUGGUGGCUUUUGUGUUUGGAAACACCUGCAAGACAACAUUUGAGGCCAUUAUUUUUUUGUUUAUAGUGCACCCAUUUGAUGUUGGAGACCGAUGCGAGAUCAAUGGUAUACAGAUGAUAGUUGAGGAGAUGAAUAUACUAACAACAAUCUUCUUAAGAUACGACAAUCAGAAAAUAACAUAUCCAAACAGUGUAUUGUGUACUAUGCCCAUUGCUAACUACCAUCGUAGUCCUGAUAUGGGUGAUGCCAUAGAUUUCUGCAUCCAUGUAUCAACACCCACCGAAAAGAUUGCUAAAAUGAAGGAAAUGAUAACAAGUUAUGUUGACAGCAAGAGCGACCAUUGGUACCCAGGGGCAAUGAUUGUCGUGAGGGAUGUUGAGGACUUGAAUCGGCUCAAUAUAUCAGUAUGGCCUCGACAGCGAAUCAACUUCCAGGACAUGGGAGAAAGAUGGAAAAGAAGAGCUCUUUUGGUCGAAGAGAUGAUCAGGAUUUUUAAAGAUCUCAACAUUGAGUAUCGCAUGCUCCCAAUGGAUAUCAAUGUCAGCAACUUACCUGCCUUGACCUCUAAUCGUCUUCCCUCAAAUUGGAUAACAUGUGCAAACUGAUCUAACUGACUACUUGUUGAAAGUAAAGGCGAGCUAUGAACCAAGAAUCUUACUUAUAUAUACACACA